AUGCCAAAACGACAUGUUUAUGUAUGCCGACAACCAGUCAGACUGAAUGGGAGGCGGGACAUUGCGAAUCUCGCCUGGCUGCACGCGCAGGAGAGAGUGGGCGUGGCGUUCAUUUGGAGGAAAAAAGCAAAACAAUCUUUUAUUCCCUGACCGGUUGGCUGUAGUUUUCUGGUUGGUAGAAAAUCUAGUUGGUAGUAUAUUGCGACAAGCUAAGCUCUAGUCAAGACAAUCUUGUUAAAUGUAUAAUUUCUUCUUCUGUACUAAGGUCUUUAGAAAGCUAGUUAUCUUUCUUUAGAUUCACUUUUCCUGACUAAAAAUGACUUCCAAGCGCCUCCUCGAUAAGCCCCUAGCCGGCAUACGGCUCGGUGGUGCGGCUUCGAGUCGAGCUGGUAACAGCACGUAUGGAGGGAAUACCGCCGGACAUGCUGAGACUGUCACGGCAAUGGAUUGCGGAGUGAUACUGGCAUGUAAAAAUGUGUCCUCGCCGGGAAGAGUUUUUAGUCCAAUGUUGGACAACAGCACUCUGAAAGAAUGUAUCAGCAAAGAUUCUGUUGUCAACGGAGUUGGUUUGAAGUCAGGGAGAGAAAAGCACCUUGACCUGAAAAAAGUGGGCUGUCCAGGCAACAUGGAUGAGAGUGACCUGAUGGGCCCCUGUGGGGUCCUGAAGAAUCCCAGCCCCACACAUCGCCUGAUUCUGAACGGGCAGAAGCUAGACGACCAAAUGCACUUCGAGCCCAGGCCCUCAGGCCGCGAGAGCGGGGAGGCCAGGUCCCGCCUGCAGCCGCUGCUCUGCCCAGACGGCUCGCCUGAGGAGCGCCCCCCACACGCUUCCUCGCACAUCCCCGUCCCACGGAACAGGAACCCCUCAGGCCAUGCUGAUAAGGAGGUGAUGGCUGCCACCGUCCUCACCAGUCUGUCCACCAGUCCCCUGGUGCUCAACCCCCCCUCAGCAGCCCCAGCUGCAGUACCGGAGCUGUCCAGCAGGGGGUGGAAGGAGAGCCUGUCGGCGAGCUACAGCAGCUCCACCAGCGGCAACUGGAGCUGGGACACCAGUGACCAGUCGGUGCCAUCCACACCCUCGCCACCUCUCUCCAACGACGCCGGGAAGGGCUUCCUGCUGUCUGCGCAGGGCGACGAUGCCGGUGAAGAACACGACAGCCCGCACUUCAUGUUCGAGGACCCCAUCCCCCGGAAACGCAAGAAUUCCAUGAAGGUGAUGUUCAAGUGUUUGUGGAAGAACUGUGAAAAGGUCCUCAGCACGUCCUCAGGGAUCCAAAGGCACAUUCGCACUGUCCACCUGGGGCGGAACAGUGACUCAGACUACAGCGACGGCGAGGAAGACUUCUACUACACGGAGAUCGAGGUUAACAUGGACACACUGUCGGAGGGGCUGUCCAGCCUGACACCCACCUCCCCCACCACGGCCGGCCCACCCCCCAUCUUCCCCCCACCAGUGACCUCUGACCUGCUGCUUCUGCCACGCUGCGACUCCGCCCACCACCACCAGGCCUUCCACACACCCCUCAGCCAAUCGGCUCCCUCCGCACUCUGCCACAUCCGCACUGACCACGCCUACCAGGCCACUGCCCCUGUCAACAUUCCCAUUUCUUCCGAGACGAUUGAGAGCGAGAAUGGGAUCAGUGUGUCCUGGCAGUCUCCCCCUGUCAUUUUUAAAGGCUUACCGGGCCCGAUGAGUCACAUCCGCACUGUCAGCAUCGGAGAGAAGAGGCAGCUGACCGCCGCUCACACCACCCUCAACAACAAGGCCCACCCCACCACCCCCACCCCCACCCCCAAACCGGCCUCUGGCACCAGGUGUCCUCCUGCUCACUCAUGGUUCUUGACAACCCACCCCAGGAAGCCCCGCGGCGAGGCCAAGAAGUGCCGCAAGGUGUACGGCAUGGAGAAGAGAGACCUGUGGUGCACGGCCUGCCGCUGGAAGAAAGCCUGCCAGCGCUUCAUCGACUGAGCCCUGGUAAGAGACGCCACCCCUACGUGAGAGCUGGAGCCUGAGCCUGAGCCUGACCGAUGCUUCUGCAGUCCAACCCGGUCCAGCCCAGUCCCAGUCCUUGGGUCCGGUUCUGGUUCCCCUCUCCGCAGCCUUUCCCCAUCAGCAGGGGCUGGACACACUGCUGAGGUGAGGGCCCUAACUCUGGGACUGACUACUUUUUUUCCCUUCCUCCACACCACCAGAGGGAGCUCCAACGCUCUAAACACCCUCAACCAGCAGAACACUGAAAAUCAAAUUUUAUCUACUUCAUACAUAGAAAAAAAAAAAUGCUCAAAAAUGUUUUCUUUUUUUAAAAGAGUUUUUUGACAAAACAAAGAACUGGCAUAUUUUGCAUUAUUGAUAGUGUUGUUGGUGGACUUAAGCUGAAUUUGUUUUUAUUUCACCUUUCGAAAAGGAAUUGAAAAGAAACAGCAAAGGAAGAAAUAUGUAACACACAAAUCCUGAUUCAGCAGUUUAAGAUACUUGUUUAUUGUUUUUUUUCUAUGACUUUUAUUUUGGUCUGUUUUCAUUUGAAGACCGAGGUUGAAGAUUUCCAGUUGUCUUUUUUUUAUCAUUCUUGUGUAGCAUUCUAUAAACAUGGCAGUCUUUACUGGUCAGAAAAAAAACAAGUAAGCUAUGUUUUUGUUAUCGGACUAUUCAUGCAUUGAUCUCCGCAACCUUCAUUUGAUCUUUGCAAAGAUGACACAAGUCCCUGAUUAGUGCUGAGUCUAGCACAGAUCUGGUCCUGAUCCAAUACUGACCCGGUCCAAAUCUGUCCGAGAAUCGGCGUCUUCCGGAGGAUUCCUCCUGAUCAGCUGCACUAACUGUCACCAUUUUUAUCAUGGACUCCCAGGAGAACCAAAGCCAAACCGGUGAUCUUUGUCUAGUGCACAACCCCACCACUGAUACACAGUGUCAGUAGGAGGCUUUCUUAGAAUCCAUUGCAGUUUGCCGGGAAGCAAAUAAGACAUGGUCAUCAUUAUCAGAUUGCUCAAACAUAACCAGGAAAUAAACAUGCUCAUUACAAUCAGAAGCACCAAAUAAAAUCUUACAUGUUUGAACAGAUGCACACACACAAAUAUAUAGAGUAUAUAUAUAUAAGGAUAUUUUUUUUCUUGUUUGUCUAUGUACCUCUUUAUCAAUAUGCACCUUGUUUUAGACAGAUAGGCAGAGCUCCUUGAGUCGGACAGUUUUGAGUGUCCUCUUUAGCUGUAACUACAUUGGAUUUUGCAGCAGGCCCAGGAGUUUCACAUACAAAGAAUAGUAUCCUUUUUAAGAUGAUUAUAUAAAGACACUUUUAGCAUAGACCAAUGUCUGCUCACUUUGAUUCCUCUUUUUCUCUGCUUUUUUGGAUUUUCUGUCUCACAUGAAACAGGUUUCUGGUAUUUUUUAGAUAAUCGUGUAGUUUUGUAUUAAGAAAAAAACAAAAAGAAAUCUAUCAAUCUACAGUAUUACUACAGUCAAUUAUGCUUCAGCAUCUCAUUGCAGAUAGAGCUAUGAUUAGCAAAGAUUCCCUUAUAGGAUGCAUGCCAAAGCAGGCGUAGAUUCCAGACAGAUGCUCUCUGGCUAUUUGGAUGUUGUCUUCUUCAGAAAAUGCUAAUUCAGAUUAGAAGAACUGCAGACUAGAGUUUGGAAUGUCCAUUUUUGGAUAGCCAAACUACAAGCCUACCGAAGCACAGGGGCUCAAGACUAAAGAGAAGGCGAAGAAUUAAAACAGAAUUGUAGUUGUGCACACAGUGAAAGACUGGGAGCAUAAAAUAAAGUGGGCAGACACCUGUCUUUUGGAACCUCCAGUUGCCAAAUGCAUUUUCAUGAGAAUUAUAGUGCUCAUUAGUCACCCUAUCCUGUGAAGGGAUUAUUUGCUUCCCGUGAAACGCUUCCUCUGUAUUGAACCAUUUACACUCACAGUUUUUUUUUUUGCUUGGAACGACAGAUCACCGUUCCCUUAAAUACUGUCUUGAUUGUAGACACCUCUUUGAAUGUAGUCUCUGCUGUAUGUUGGCCUCUGCCAGUUCCUCUCUCUCUCCCUCUCUCUCUCUCUCCUCUCUCUCCUCCCUCUCGGCCUCUCUUGUCCACUGCGCUUUCCCUUUGAGUGAGUGCAGAUUUGAGUGCCCGCCCUGCAUGGUGACUCACACAAGACUGUUCACAGGCUCACACACACAAUAGCAAGGGUCAUCUCGCUCGCUCACAAGUGUGUACAGCGCUAUUGGACUCCUCUUGCAUGGACACACACCUCCUUUGAGCGGUCUCUAGGGCAACUAUACAACCUACAGGAAGAGAACUAACUGGCCUAAAUCCAGCCCAGACAUCCAAGAGCCCUUUAUACAUACUCUACUGCCAGCAAAUGGACAGGUUCAAAUCAACACACCUGUCAUUUACUAUGGUAUCAUUAAUUAAACAAGUUUGCAUUCAAAGGCCUUUUAUAACUACUGUAUUAGUGAUUGGCCAAGCCCAUAAGCCCUAAACACCUUUAUUAAAGAUGCACUCCAGCCAUUAAUUAACCCUGGUAAUGUCAUUUUAGUUCCUAACACAGACAUAUUCAUAAGUGCUUUUUUAAAAAAAAAAAUCCCUUCAUGAGCUAACUGUUCCGCCCCGGAUGCAUACAACUCUGCCUGGUUACCAAAUCGGGUUGACAAUGUCCUGAAAUAGCUAACAAUGCUGAGCUGUUGUAAGAUAGUUAACUCUGACACAUUAGCUUGCUUAUCUUGGAAAGCUAAAUGUGCCGAUGUGUCCUCAGGAAAACUAUUUUUCCAGGAAUGAUUCGGACAAUUCCACCCCGCAGGUCAGGCCACGAGUUAUUAUUCUGAAACAUCCACUAGUGUACUGCCCAUCUGAACCAGAAAGACUCAGCUAUGGUGUUUACUACUGUAGGUAUUUCACCCAUGUCUUUCGUAGGUAUUUCACCCAUGUUAACAAACCCCUAAUGGACAUGGACAAAGGUUCACAAGUAGAUCUUGGCUGGAGUGGGUCUUUCAAAAGUGCAUUAAGUAGCUAUUUGCUUAUUCAAGAGUACACUUGAAUAAGUGUCAACAGUUAUCCUUCAGAUAUAUAGCAUUGUUGUCUAGGUCCAGCAUCAUUUAUUUUUUCACAGCAAAACCCAGUGUCUAUACUGGUGAGCUGGUGGCCAUCGGUGCGGUUCUCUUCCUUGUCUGGGUCGGUGCUGAUCCUCAGUUCAGAGGGGAGCUUAGUGUCUGUACUGGACAGAGUGAGGUUCUCUUUAAGGUCGUAAUAGAAAAAAAUAAAACAUUCACUUCAAGUGCCAAUGAGAAGAACAUCACGAGGGAAAAGAAAAACAAAGCAUUCAUACAUAUAACACAUGAAAUCGAAUUGCACUAACUUGUACUGCACAAAGACGUGUAUUUUUUUUUUUUUUUUUUUUAAUAAUCAGAGCAUUUUCUUUGUUUGUUUUUGAAGUUGAGAGUUGAGUUUAUGGUCACAGGUUCACAACUGCCAUGGGGUGCCAGAACAGAGGGCAAGGGACUGGGAUGAUUCCCUCAACCCCUGCUAAACUAUAAGCUGUGUGUGUGUGGGCGGUACUUUACGGCAUUGAGCAGUCGUGACUCCUUCGUGUGGCCUAUUCAGCAUAGAUAAGCAGUCUGAGUGUAAAACCCCUUUAGUGGCCGUUUGGUUGGUAUCCAGGCUGCCGGUAUCCUGAGGUUGUGUCACUGCCCUGCUCAAUUGUAAAGUUGUGGAUGAUAUAGAAAAAGAGAUUAGGAUUUCUGAACACACACACACACACACACACACAGACACACACACACACACACACACACACACACACACACACACACACACACACACACACACACACACACACAUACAUACACACACACACACACACACACUAUCUAUGUCUUACUGUAGAUACUGUGCCUUUGGGAGAUACUGCCCUGGUCACCUUUGCCUUAGCUUGCCAUAAUAGCAGUCAUUCUUAGCUUAGCAAUUUCCUCUAAUACUGCAGAGAGAAAAUAUUCUGGAAGGAUCAGCCAUUGGUGAAACAUUCUAGAGCCUGAGAUCUUUAAUUCAAAUGAUUUGUUGUAAAAUGGCUUCCACCUGGUCCUAUUGAUGUUUUAUGAUAAAAUGUACAACACUUUAAUAGUGUAUUGCUAUCUUAAAUAUUUUAUGUUGUGUUUUUAUUUGGUAUUUUUGGCUCUGAAUUAUUGUGUGAGGGGGGAGGUCAGAAGUUUUUAAUAUGUAGUGUCCUAAUAGCUAAUCAUCUUUGUGGCAGAUAGCAGCUGAGCUUGUUCCCAUCCUAUUUUUCCCACAAACAAAUUCAUUGAGGUCACAGAUUUCGAAUGUCUGGGCUAUUCAUGAUAAGAAUCUAAAAACUUGAUAAGUGAGAGAAGAUAGAUGACAAACUAAUAAUAUUUCUCUCUCAAAAUGUAUCAUAUGAGCGGUCUUGCACAUUUUCAAUGUAUGUAAGGUAGGAACAGAUGUUAUUAGUGUGGGCUGGGAAUACCGUACAUAAACCAAUGACAGACCAGAAUUAUACCCUACAUCCCUAAACUAAAGCCAGUCAGAUUCUUACUGGCCCACCUCUGGCCAAUCAAAGGAACUCGUUGCUGUGUCUAGCAACUGACUAAUGUGUGUCCAUAGCCUCAAACAUUUUUGAGAAGCAGAGCUUAUUAUCCAGUCUUAUGUUUUGAAUUGCACUAAAAGAAACAGAACAUGCAUAAAUAUGACAAAAAGAAUGGAAACAGGUCAUAUUUUUAAGUUCACUGGUUCUUGUCUGACAAAGAGAGACUCCUGUCAGAAUGAGUUGUCAGGCAGUGACACAACUCUAUGGAUACUGUGCAUCAAUGUCAGGGUUUUCCUGGACACUAUACAAAGGAAACCAUUGAGAGCUGUUUCAGUUUCAUUUUUGUCAUAAUCUUGUAAUAUGAUAUGGAAGCAUUUUUGUUUUUGAGGAGAUACAAUUGUUAAAUUUUUUAAUGAUUGAAAAGCUAUAGUUGAAGAAACAUGUAAAUAUAUGUUGUAUAUUGUGGGUUACAUGGCAAAGGGGAGAUUAAAGGAAAAAAAAAACAAAACAAAACAAACAUUGAAUGUAAAAUCUACAAAAAGAUAUGCCUGUUCUAUGUUUUGUUUCUUUUGUAUAAUUCUUGCCUCACCUAUGGUGAUCAUCUUAGCCCGUUCUGACUUCCCUCUCUACUGUUAAACUAUCAGCAGUUUUAACCAACAGCAGUGUUCUUGCAUUUCUCUCAGUGAAGUAACACACUUCCAGUGUACUCCAGAAUUAAUUCAAGACUUGCUUUUUCUUUCGCUCUGUCUUUCUCUCCUCCUUUUCUCCUUUGCUCCAAAUAUUGAUUUAAGUUAGAAUGAAUGUUUGGUUGUGUGUGUGUGUGUGUGUGUGUUUCUGUGUGUCUGUGUGUAUGUGUAUGAGUAAGCAAAAUAAAUGUAAUAAAUGUCAGACUUUUAAGAUUUAUUUUGCUUGUUUUCUUUUUUGAGGUUUUCAUUUUAUUGUUUUUAGGCGAGAGAAAUUGUUGUGUACAUUCCGAUCUGCAACUACGCCAUUGUCCCCCUUUUAUGUUGUGUCCUCUGUCUAUGUCUUUGUUUAUACACAGUAUAUGUGUGUCCUCUCUCAAUGUCUUGGUUGAUACUAAGUGUUUGUUUGUGUGUGUGUGUGUGUGUCCAUGUCUUGUGUUAUUCUCAGUGUGUGUGUGUGUGUGUAUUCUGUCUAUGUCUUGGGUUAUUCUCAGUGUGUGUUUGUGUGUGUGUGUGUAUUCUGUCAACUAAGUGUGUGUGUGUGUGUGUGUGUGUGUGUGUGUUCUACCCAUGUUUUGGGUUAUACUGUGUGUGUCUCUGCUCCCUUCCACUGUGUCACUAUCCAUGACCUUACCCAGUGCAUUAAGCUAAAGACCCAAGAAAUGUGUAGAAAUGUGUAUGUCUUUAUUUCUCUUUUUCUUUCUUUCUUUCUUUCUUUCUUUCUUUCUUUCUGCCAGUCUUGUCUUUCUUACUUUCUUUCUGUCUGUCACUCCUCAUUUGGAUGAUUAUCUCUUUGUCAAAGACAAAAAAUAGAGUGUAUGUUUUUUUUUGCUGUUAGCUCAACAGAGCAAAAAUGUUUUGAAUGCUUCCAGUGACUCUUUGAUCAGCUCUGUGAUCAAAAAACACUCUUAUUUUCUUAACCUGCUCUCAUUCUGGAAAGGCUAUUUUUGUCCUGUUUUCAUAGUUCCUGGCUAAACAAUUUUUUUUCAUCACAUCUGCUUUAACUGAUUUUUGUUUUUCUGAGAUGGUUUUUGUUGACAUUCUUCUUAUUUUGCAUGUCCACUUCUGUACUGUGUUGCCUGAUAGGAACCUUGUUUGUGAAUUGAGAGCGUUCACUGUAGUGUGUAAGGACAGUGUGGGAGGGUUGAGCGAUGGGCGUGUGAGCGUGUGUUUGCGAUUGCAGUUAUGUAAUGUUCUGAUGCCUACAAUGUGACGAGAGAUGAUGACAAUAAAUGUGGAUCACACAGCCUCCCUGGA